AUGGAGCAGUCACGGGUCUCCUACGCAAUCAUCCUAGCCGCUGUCCUGGCAGAAUGGAUCGUAUUUGCGGGCCUCAUUAUCGUCAUCUUCAGAAGGAAAAGGCAAGGGAAAGAUCUUAUCCUUGGUAGAUCUCUUCUGGUCUCUUGCGUCGCCUACUUCAUACCACAGCUUUCCGAAUGCGGAGUAUCCGGUCGUGUUACUUCCCUAAACCUGCCUCAUGCUCAUAUUAUCGAUACUGCUAGUACGGACACUCUCGGCCUGGUUGUCAGCUCUCUUCAACUUGCGCAACCCCAAGCCGCUGGAGUCAAUUUGAUCAUCAUUUUCAUUCAGCAAUUUGCGUAUCUGUUCGCGACAUGCACGACAUUCCAUCUCCUUUAUAGACUGGCUCACAUCUUUCAACGGCGUCACACAGGCCGAUCAUCACCCUCAUUGACUCUGUGCCAUGCAAUCUGCCUCGUCGUGAUAGCACUGACAUGUGUGCUGGAGUGGUCACUGUAUGUUGCGUAUGCAUGUGGAGAGGUUUCUAACGAGGCCCCUCGGGCUGUGUUGGAGGCCUUUCACUGGAGUCAAUGUGCCCGUUACUUGGUGCAUUGGCUUGCUUCGUCAGAGAUAUUGGCUUGGGCUGGAAUUGUCACAAUUCGAUCCUACACAAGGGACCGACAAAUCAAGCGCCCUGCACUCUUAUUCUUGGUGUCGAGUAUUCUAUUCUUCGCAGUCAACUUUUUCUGGGCGGUGAUCGCAAUUGACAGGGGAAUUAUCCGCUGGCUCAAUCACCGCGUGCCAUCUAAUCGGACCCAAGUCCUUUGGUUCGACACCAUUUUCGAGCUUUUGUGCAUUGCCAUUGGGUACAUCUGCUUUUUGGUGUGCUCUUCACGUCUCGCGCGGGAUAAAAUCAUGGAAUUCCAAUACAUCGAAUUCUAA